CCCAUUUUACUCGACAUCACAAGCAAUUAGGUGACCGAAACAAAAUCCAUCCUUACCUGCUCUCGCAACCACUAUCAUCGAUCAUUUCUUCAUCUCUGCAAUGGCUUCCAUGAUAACUAGCCAACCUCACUUUGUUUUGAUACCACUUAUGGCACAAGGCCACAUGAUACCCAUGAUAGACAUGGCCAAGCUCUUUGCAGAGCAUGGCGUGAUUGUCAGCUUGGUCACUACCCCCUACAAUGCCUCCAGAUUCGAAACAGCUAUUCAUCGAGCAAUAGAAUCUGGCCUCCCGAUUUUGCUUGUUCAACUGGAAUUUCCAUGCCAACAAGUGGGACUUCCUGCUGGGUAUGAGAAUCUUGACAUCCUCCCUUCACGAGACCUACUAACCAAGUUCUAUGAAGGUCUGAGCAUGCUCCAACAACCUUUAGAAAAGCACCUCCAAAAUCAAAGGCACCCUCCAACUUGCAUCAUAUCUGACAAGUGCCUCUCUUGGACAUCCGACACAGCUCAAAAGUUCAAUAUCCCAAGGCUAGUUUUCCACGGGAUGGGCUGUUUCUCUCUUCUAAGCUCCCAUAAUAUCAAAUUUUACAAUGCACACCGUUCUGUCAGUUCCGACUCAGAACCCUUCGUGAUCCCAGGACUGCCUCAAAGAAUUGAGAUAACAAGAGCCCAGCUUCCAGGUUCAUUUGUUACAUUGCCCGGCUUGGAUGAUGUCCGAGACAAGAUGCAAGAGGCCGAGUCAACAGCUUAUGGGGUUGUUGUGAAUACUUUCAAUGAAUUGGAGCAAGGGAUCGUUGAGGAGUACUGUAAGGCCAUCAAGAAGAAUGUAUGGUGCGUUGGACCAGUUUCUUUAUAUAACAAGGAGAGUUUGGACAAGUUUGAGAGGGGUGACAAAACCUUAAUUGACGAGCAGCAAUGCUUGGGAUGGCUUAACUCGAUGGAACCAAGCUCGGUUAUUUACACUUGUCUGGGUAGUUUAUGCCGCCUAGUUCCCUCACAAAUAAUCGAGCUUGGGCUGGGUCUUGAGGCGUCAAAACAACCAUUUAUUUGGGUAAUUAAAACAGGAGAGAGAUAUUUAGAGUUGGAGGAGUGGCUGGAGAAGGAAAGAUUUGAGGAAAGGAACAAAGGGAGGGGACUCCUGAUCAAGGGAUGGGCUCCCCAAGAUUUCAUUCUGUCUCAUCCUGCAAUCGGAGGUUUCAUUACCCACUGUGGUUGGAACUCAACGAUAGAAAGUGUGUGCCAUGGGGUGCCAAUGAUAACGUGGCCUCUCUUUUCAGAGCAAUUCUUCAAUGAAAAACUGGUGGUAGAAAUUCUGAGGAUUGGGAUUCGAGUAGGGGUGGAGAUUCCCGUCAGAUGGGGGGACGAAGAGACAGUUGGGGUUUUGGUGAAGAAAGAAAAAGUGGAGAAGGCAAUAGCGUUGUUGAUGGAUGGAGGAGAUGAAGGCGUAAGGAGAAGAAAGAAAGCAAGAGAGCUUGGAGAGAUGGCAAGAAGGGCAGUGGAAAAAGGAGGAUCCUCUCAAUUAAACAUGUCAUCUCUCAUCGAAGAUAUAACCAAAUUACAAUCGAUCUGUUCAAGACAAAGAGUAGUAACUAGUAAUUGUAUAUAGCAUAUUAUGUAUAUGGAAAAGUUUUCUUAGAAGCAAUUUCGUGCACCAAAUCGCUCAUCGAUGUUAAAUGUAAGGCAUUUGUUUAAUAAAACAGUGCGAAUUGAAGAC